AUGUCACAUCUUGAGAGACUUAAGGACCAGUGGCGCAAGUACGGCGUUGUGGCAAUUGGUACGUACUUGAGCAUGUACGGAGUAGUGCUGAGCUCCAUUUACCUCGCUAUUGACCGGGGAUGGGUACAUACUAGCAAGCGAUCGAACUCCAUGGAAAAUGAGAAAAUGGACGAUAGUUUUGACCUCGUCACUACAACCAAUAGAUUCGUCAAACUGGCGGAAGAUUUGGGUAUUGCGCAGUACUUGGAGGUGGAGCGUGUGAAUGCCAAGACGGGCUCGUUUCUAUUGGCCUGGAUUGCUACCAAGUUCACGGAGCCUGUACGUCUGGCGCUGACGAUUGCUAUGACACCGCGAAUUGCGCGUUUCUUAGGACGAGCGCCCAAGCUGCCACCAAAAACUCCCGGAAAACUUGCGAACAUGAUGAAGAAAAAGCUGGAGCAGCAGAAACCUAAGGCGUAA